GUUUAGUGGAGCGAUGUGAUGCGAAUUAAUAUUACAAAGCUAAUUUAAGUAUACUCGCACGCUUUACUUGUUAUCAGAAACAAUCAUCCGUUCCCCUGUUUGACAGGACGGGGAGACACACACAAUUAACUAAUGUUUAAUUAACAACUUGUUAAUGUUAACGACUAAUUAACUACUUAUAGUCGUCCUUGAUUGUUAUCAAUUGCAUCACGCCCUGCUCUGUGUCAUGCAUUCGCUCCAGAUUUGUGAAUAUCAGCCAGAUCGAUGUUACCGAGAUCACGAUGACUGAUGCUCAGAGAAGCACGAGGAGCUGUAGAGGUUUGAAGAAUGAAGAUGGGUAUGAAAUUUCCAUCCCCUUUGAGGACAACAGCCUGGAUGAGUCUGGUUUCUAUAAUCAAAGCGACCACACCUUCGAUGAGUCGGAGUCAGGUCAGAUUCCUCCUUGCAGUCCAUACCUUCUGAUUACCAGCCUCCGAGCACAACUGCAGAUUUCUCUGGAAAAAAACUCCUGGCUUCAAAAACGCAUCGAAGAUCUGGAGGAGGAGAGGGACUUCCUGCGCUGCCAACUUGACAGAUUUAUUUUCACCACCAAGAGUCAGGAGAGCAAUGGCAUGACAGGAAAAGAAGCAGAAGCUGAGCCUCAAGCCACCACUCUGAAGCAGCCCACCCGGAAGACAGCUAUUCCUUCCCCAUCAUCCAUGAUGACACGCUCUGGAAAAAUCGCACAACACAACCAGAAGCGCAGCAGAAAUAAGAAUCAAGAAGACGAGGAGGUGAUUGAGGAGGAGGAGUAUAUAGCAGAGGAAGACUUUGUGGAAGAGGAGCAGGUUGUUACAGAUGAUGAUGGCGAUGAUUCCGAUAGUAAAAGCUCACGUAAGAGCCAUUCAGGAAGGCAGAAUGGCCAGACAAGGGUGAAAAGACGACGUGUUUUCCGUAUUGCUCGAAGCAUGGAAAGACAAAGAGUUAAAGACUCUGCAGGUGUUCUACUUCGUUACAAUAAGAUCCUUGUCACCUAUCAAAAGUUGAAGAGCAUGUCAAGAGCAUUCCAGGUCCAUGGGGUUGACCGAAACACCGUCGCCUCCACCACUCCUAUUGCUGAAAUGCUUUUGGUUGCUCCUGAGAAGGUAUCUGAAGUUGGUGAGUUUGAUUCCUCCAAGGAAAAGCUUCUGGAUUAUGCAAGACGCUGCUAUAAAGCUCUUGACGAGAACGCUCAUGCUAAGGUGCAGGCCUUAAAGAAGAACAACCUCUUGCUGCCCAUUUCAUACAGGUUCAGACAUUAAAUAUCCACAAAUGUAUUCCUUUUGGGGGGGGGGGCAGCAGCGCUAUUGACACAGUGGUUUGGAUACUAUGGAGUCCAUUCAUUGACCUUUCAUGGGCUUUUUUUUUUUUUUUCUUCUCUACCUCAAUUCUAGAUCUACACAUUUGGAGUGAAAAACUGUUCAAAUCCCAACUCUGUGCCAACUUCAAAAUGUGUAGAUUCCAAGAAAGGCUUGUUGACUCAACAUAAAGGGAGAAGAACAUUUGUGAGAUAAAUAGUCAGCCACUGUAUGUAAAGAGU